UGUACACGUUUAGUACUGGUUAGAUAUAAGGUUAUGUUUUAAAUGACAGGAGCAGUUUUGGUCGAAAUGAAAAGUAAUAUUUCAUAUGUGGAUUAUUCUUUCUGUCAGUGGUAUCCACUUUUCAGUAAAAAUGUCCUGGAAGCCGUGAUGCUGCCAUUACCUCAAGAUGUUUGUAAAUAUUUAGAACACGAUGCCUUUCUAUUACCCCUUGAAGCAAUAAACAAAGGUAAUUCGUGCAAUUCAGAAUGGUCUGAUGGUUCAGCCAUUAAAGACGAGGAAGAAGAGGACUCUGAAGAACAACCAACUUUUCCAGAGUUUAGUAAACAGGUGCAACAAGUGAUUGAAAAAUUUGGAUCUGUCUUUUUGAAAUUAAAUUGGAGUACUCCUGCUGAUGCUACCUGGGUUGCAGCAACAAAGUCAUUAAAAUGUAAUGCUCUCGAAGAUGUGUACUUACUAUUAAAGAGUUCGGAUAGAAUAUCACAGGAUUUGAGUAUGCUUAGAUCUAUUAAUGAUAAACAUUGUCAGAUUUAUCCAUGUCUAGUAUUAAAGAAAUGGCGAGAUAUUGACCCAUGCACAGAAUUCCGUUGCUUUGUAGUUAAUAAGGAACUUGUUGGGAUUUCUCAGAGAGAUGUUUCACAAUAUUAUAAACACAUUGAAAAUGACAAAUAUAACAUUCAAAAAGAUAUUAAAAGUAUGUUCACUGAAAGUAUCCAAAGCAAAUUUGGUCCUGAUGAUUAUUCAUUUGAUGUCAUCAGAUACAAAAAAGAUAAAGUAAAAAUUGUUGAUUUUGGUCCACUCAAUGAAGCAGUGACAAAAAAUUCUCUCUUUACAUAUGAAGAAUUACAUAGUGAAUUUGUUAGACAAAAAGAAGGAGAAUUUAGAUUUAUAAGCGAAGAUAUGGGAAUACAACCAAAAAUGACCAAUCAUGUUUGUGUACCUACAGAAAUUAAUGAAUUUUUUCAAGGAGGAAUAUCUAUAAUGGACGCAAUCAGAAAAGAGGUCGAGGAACAAAGAAAGGAGGAAAACUGUAACUGUAAUUGACUUGAAAAUUAAAUAAACUUGUUAUUUUUUAAUACAGAA